AGUGCAAUAUCAUCCCUUGCAUACGCAUUCACGAUGAUCCUAGGAAAAAUAUCGUGCAUGAAGUUGGCAUGUAUGUCUCAGCAUUUCGCCGGCCGGCCUCCUUUGUCUCCGAAACCCAGCCCGAGGCAUGCAACGACACCAAAUCCCCCGCACUUCGGCAUCGCGUGGUAGACGCGGAAGAACCAUCGAUUGGUCGAGCUGCCACGACCUUAAAUGGCAAUCAUCGACAAGAAAGACAUCGUGAGACCAAUCAAGGAAGGGCGCUGGGAAGUUUCUAGCGUCUGUGGCUGCAGCCAUGCCAUCUUUUCGCUGGUGUCACUAGCUUGCUCAAAGAUGCCGUAUCGUCACCCCGGAGCAAUGUUCGAGUCGGGGAUAGAAUUUGGAGAUCUUGCCAUUCGCCACUCAUUGCAUGAUAUCAAUGCGUCGUCGCCCCAACAUUUGAAUUCGCGAUCGACCUCAUUCAUCGGUUGUUGAACUCACAACAUCGCCAGAAGCCAUGCGCACAUCAAUAAUUCAGGCCUGCGCUGUAUCGCUGCACCUGGCAGCAGCCGCCAUUGUGACAAUCAAUCCAUCACCAAAACAGACCCUCACCUCAUUUGGUGCAUCAGGCGCAUGGUGGCCCAAUGACUUGAUCAAUUUCCCAACACAAGUGCAAGAGGACUUGGGUCGCUUCUUGUUCUCGCAAGAUGGUCUCUAUCUCUCAUCUUACCGGUACAAUGUCGGUGGUGAUGGAGGUAAUGACACACGAGUUGUCAACAACGCCGGAAGGAUUGCGCAAUCUUUUCUGUUGCGCAACGGCACAUACGACUUCUCACGCGAUCGCGCCGGAGUCACAUUCAUGAAGAUGGCCAGCCAGUAUGCGGUGCCAGAAAUCACCUUCUUUGUGAAUGCUGCUCCUUCCAACAUCUCCACCAAUGGCGCUGCGUGCGGAUGGGAUAUGCCUCGCGAGAAAGUCCCCGAAUUCGUCAACUACAUUGUCAAGGUUCUCUCGUACUGGACCAGCCAAGGCAUCGGCAUCAAGUGGAUCUCGCCUAUGAACGAGCCUGAUGUCAGCCGCGAUGCUUGCAACCAGGAAGGCAUGUUCGUCGGAAUCACCAAGCGGCCGUAUGUUUUCAGCACGUUGCGCACCGCCCUGAACAAUGCGUCAAGUACUGCUGUCAAUAGCAUUUCCAUCAUGGGCGACGAGACGAGUCAAAUCACGACCGAGACGAUUCUGGAGUAUCCGCUGUGGCUGCCCGCUGCGCAGAACAGCCUCUCCGGCAUCAGCGUCCACAACUACGACUUUCCCGAUGAUCUCUCCCUGGGCCUAUACCGAACAUUGGUGAACCUUCAAGUCGGUCCCAACGGUCCGCCCGUCAAGUUCACCGAGACAUGCUGCUCCACCCGCGCAGGUUCCGGGAUCCCCAUCUUCGGAUCCCAGUACGACCCCACGAUGCAGAACGCCCUGAUCGUCGCCCGCUACGUCUGGCAAUUCCUCACCAUUGUCCAAGCCUCCAGCUUCGACUGGUGGCUCGCGGUGUCCUUCCUCCCCUGCUCGCCCGCCCUCGACGGCCCGAGCUGCGAUCCCAAAGCCCUGGCUCCGACCUCCGGCUUCAACGACGGCCUCGUCUACGUCGACCCGCGCUACGGGCAAUCCCAAGAUUACACCCUGCACUACACCAAACGCGCCUUCAUGCUCAAGCAUUUCGCCUACUUCCACCGACCCGGCAGCGUGCGCUACGACAUCAAGCAGACCCAGCUCCCCUCGGCGGUGAAUGCCGUCGCGUCGCGGAGCAAGGACAAUUCGACUUGGAAUGUUCUGUUCAUGAAUGCGCAGAGUUCCACUUAUAAUCUUACCCUGCAGAAGCCGAAUGCGAAGGCGAAUUUGGUCCGGGUCGUGCAGACGACGGAUCAGGAUGAUUGGUUGGAUGUUGCGCCACUGCCGGUUACGAACGGGACGAAUGUGAUUUAUGCGCUGCCAGCGAUGAGUUUGGUGACUUUUCAGUUUGCGCAGUAAAGUCGCAGUGGAGAGAAGUCUCGACUACGGUCUGACAAAAGUUGUUGCUAUGUACUCAUCAUAUAUAUCCUCAUGUGAUAUCUAGUCCAUAUCUGAUGCAUCAUCACCAGGACUUUUUCCUUCCCUUUUCCUUUGCCUUCGUCUUCCAAUAGAAAUUACAGAAAAAAUCGUACUCAAUCCUGCCACGGCAAUCUCCCCGGAAACGUCUCCCACCCACUAACACC